UACUGCCCUUUAUGGUACAGUUUUAAUUUGCGUCGCCCCUCUUCAUUCUUCCUGUUGAAUUCUACUCAGGCAUCGUGUGAUAUCGGGGAUAUCGCUCUUACUCAGUGGCAAUGAAUGUCCAACAUGAAGUAUCUCUGCUUGUUGGAGAGAUCCAACGGCUUGGCAGUAAAAAUGCAGAUGGACAAACAUGUGUCAAAUUUGGUGUCCUGUUCAAUGACGAUAGGUGUGCCAAUAUCUUUGAGGCUUUGGUUGGGACUCUGAGGGCUGCCAAGAGGAAGAAGAUCAUCGCAUUUGAAGGGGAGCUUCUCCUGCAAGGUGUCCAUGACAAUGUUGACAUCACACUCCUACAAGAAUGAAGCUGAUGGCUAUCAUUAUUCAGAUGUUAAGUCAAGAGUUUCUUUGAGGCGUUACUAUUUCAUCUACCAACCAGGGAUCACAAAUCAACACUUUGAUACAUUUUUAGGACUACAAAUGUACAGGCUGAGAAUGUAACAUUUUGUAUAUCACAUUAGGAAAAUAUUGUUCUUGUCAUAAGGAGUAUAUUCUAGGGGACGAAAUACACCUAGACUUUUUAGGAAACAAAUUACCUUACAGUAACAGGAAUCACCAAAUGGCAACUUCAUUUAUUGUUUACAUGGGCAUUUUGCUACCUCUUGUGAACAACUAAGAUGGCAACGCUUCAAGAGAAGCUUUUGCACAUAUUGAUUUUGUAUUCAUGCUAACGUUAAGCAUUUGAGUAUGUAAUAUUCACGCUUUUAUAUGUUUGCAAGACUCUUUUCUCGAUCGACCACUCACAAACCUUUGCCUUUGCUAUAACCAAGGGGGAUUAAGCCAAUGGAUUUCCUGUGUAAUUCUUAGCAGUAUUUAAUUACAGGGUGAUUUGUGCCAAAUAAAAAUGUGGUUUUGUAAUGUUCCUCAGGACCAAAUGUGUUAAACUGACCUUUGAAAUUAGACUCCUUAUUUAGAAUACAAGUUUGCCUCAUUCCAGAUACUGUGUUGUAUAUUAUGCAAUCAUAGCAUAGUCCUUCUAAAUAAGAGACAUUGAUAAUGUACUCAAUGUACAUUAUGUUGUAGAUAGAAAUUAUGUAUAAGAUGUUCUCUAUUUUACAGGAUAGGGAGUUGUAGAUCACAUUUCUAUAUCUGCAACAUGUAUGUUGUGGCUUACUUGAUGUGCCCCAUAUGAUGAAUAAGAUUCUAUCAUCAAAUGAUGUGUGGGUCACCAUGAACUGUGAAUAAAGGCUUAUCAUGCAUGGUGUUACUGUUCAAAGAGGAGACACAAUGUUUAGUAUUGUGUCCUGGUAGGAAAUACAUUUGGAACUUGACAUGGGAAGCAAUAGUAACUCUUCAAAAAAAUGGUUUAUCAAGAAAAAAGAAACAUAUGAAAAAUUUAGCAAUUUUUUUUUCUCUGAUCUAAUACAAUGCAUGUAUGAUCAUCAAACUUGAUCAAAGUGCAGUUCCUUUCCAAAGUCCAAUAAUUUCCAAAUUAUUGACUUAUAUUGGCAAUAAUAUAUUCCUAAGAAAGCAAUGGGGGUUCUGAGGACGGUGAAAUACUCUGUUAAUAAAAAACAAACCUUCA